AUUUUCAAAACAAAAUAGUCAAAAUUAAAGACAAAUAGCCUUUUAUUUUAAUAAAUACCUUUUAGUCUUUGAUCAGGAUCAUACAAUGCCAUUUAGGAAUUCUGACGUAUGAUUGAUCAUUCAGAAAACAAUUAAGAAAGUUUAUAUAAAAAAACAUGCACAUGAGCUACCUUUUAUUGUUUUUUCCAGCUGUUGUCACCUUGCAAACCAUUCCAACUAUGGUCUGCUAAUUAAUAUAUGCUAAAGAUGACAAUAAUUGUAAAGGUAAAGAAAAGUUAAAUCUAGAAAGGACCUCAGAUUGUAAGAACGGCCUUGAAUUCAAAGCAGGCUUGUUGCACAAUGCAGAACAAAGAGACCACUUCUUUUUGCUGAACAGCCUCCCUCACCAAAGUAAGCUAAUCCAUAAUCGGUUUAUACAAGUUUUUCUGGAAUUUUCAAUUGCAUUACUUGGGCAGAACAUAAGAUGUUUCAUUCAGAAAACUAAAAAUCUCACUAGACCUACUUCAUUCAAAGCAGGUAUGUAAUGGAUUUUGUUUUCAAUUUUCUAUGUAAAACAACAUGUCUUAGCUAAUUCGUGAAAUUCUAUUUUGUUUUCUUUUAGGCUAAAGAUGGAAUCCAGGGGGAAAGCCAAAGCAUAUCUUUUCCUAGUAUUUGCAGUAUUCCUUUCAUGGAGAGUUGGUCACGGUGGCAGGAUUUUGAUCAUCCCUUUGGAAGGCAGCCACUGGGUGAAUAUGGACAUUAUGAUUCAAGCUCUCCACUCUUGUGGGCACUCUAUUGAUGUAAUAAGGACCAAUAAAAGCUGGUACAUCAAGGACGACUCUCCAUACUACAAAACCAUCACGGUUCCUGUUGCCAGAGCUUUCAAUCAUGAUUUCAUCAACCCAAUCCUUAGAAAGAUUUUUGCAAUAGAGAGAGGAGAGAGCUCUGUCAUGAGCUUCAUGAGUUUGCAGGUUGAAAUGUUUAAAGCUAUGUUCGACAUGCACGGAAUGAUGUGCAAGAUGGCUAGCACAAUGUUGGAGGAUAAAAGGUUUAUGAAUGGUUUAAAGGCAAAAAAGUAUGACCUGGUAAUGACUGAUCCUGCAUGGGGAGCAGGAAUAAUGUUAGCCCACGCUCUUAAACUACCUCUAGUCUAUAAUGUGAGAUGGGUUACCAGUGGGGAGGGCCACUUAGCCCUUGCACCUUCUCCUUUAUCAUACAUCCCAAUGACGGGCUCAGGACUGACAGACAAAAUGACCUUCAUACAGAGAGUCAAAAAUCUCCUUUUCUACACCCUCUGGGAAGUUCAGGAUACCUUUCUGAUCCGUCCCCAGUAUCAAGCCAUCUGUAAUAAAUUCUUUGGCCCAGAUGUUAGAUACAGUGAUUUGUUGCGGGGAGCAGACCUGUGGCUCAUGAGAGUGGACUUUGUUUUUGAGUUCCCCCGUCCUACCAUGCCAAAUGCCAUCUACAUCGGAGGCUUUCAGUGUGAACCAGCUAAACCUCUUCCUAAGAACCUGGAGGAGUUUGUUCAGAGUUCUGGACAGCAUGGCGUCAUCAUCAUGUCUCUUGGGACUUUUGUUAGUGAGCUCCCUUCAGAUGUGACAAACAAAAUUACUGAAGCUUUUGGUCAGUUACCGCAGAAAGUAAUCUGGAGCUAUAAAGGUAGCAAACCCCCCAAUGUGGGAAAAAACACUUUACUGGUUAACUGGAUGCCACAAAAAGACCUUUUAGGACAUCCAAAGGUGAAACUAUUUGUGGCUCAUGGAGGAACAAAUGGAGUCCAGGAGGCCAUUUAUCAUGGAGUACCAGUAGUGGGUUUACCUGUGUUUUAUGACCAGUAUGACAAUCUUCUCCGACUGCAAGACAGAGGAGCGGCUAAGAUCCUUACUUUAGCCACUGUAGACAAAGAGGACACAUUUCUGAAAACUGUCAAAGAAGUACUGUCUGAACCAUCCUACAGGAUUAACAUGCAGAGACUCUCCAGAUUGCACAGGGAUCAGCCAAUGAAGCCAAUCGAUACCGCCCUCUUCUGGAUAGAAUUUGCAAUAAGACACCAAGGUGCAGCUCAUCUGAGAACAGAGUCCCACAGACUGCCUUGGUAUUCCUACUACUCUGUAGAUGUUUUGCUAUUCUUCCUGUUUGUUGUUGCAGUGAUUACAUUUUCAGUAGUCACGACUUUCAGAUUGCUCUGUUUUGCAAAAUGCUUGAAAGGAAAAACUAAGCAAACGAAGAAAAAAUGACAAUGUUCUGCGUUUGUUAUCAUAAUUUACUUUAUUUCACUCUGGAUCUAGGUUUUUCUCCUUUCUGUAUUUUCUUCAUUUAAACUGACCACAUGUUGACUGAAUAUUUUGUAUGAUAUAAAUCUCUAGUUUCACUUAAGUCUUUAAGGGAAGUAAGUACUUCCUGUAAGUCAUUCUGCACUGUUACACAUUAGGUGCAAGAUUACUCAUCUGUGGUAAAAACAAAGUAUGCAACAACCAGCAAUGAAUGGCAUUUAUCUCAAGAGAGAAUUACAUAAAUCAUAUUUAAUAUAGCAUUUCAGAGUAAGUCAUUUAAGAGUUCAGGUCAAUAGCGACAUCUACUGGUUAGUCUUGAAAAAUGCAAUUGCCCUGCUUUCGUUUUUUUACUUUUAAACGUUUCACGGCACUAAUGGUUGUACAUUUAUUUAUUUUCACACUGUUGGCUCCAAAAUGUACUAUUUCAAAGAAUUGAAUAGACAUUUUCUUAUUCACUUUACAGAAACCAAGUGGACAUAGUGAACAUUGCAGCCAUAAGCAUAUUAACCAAAACAGUAUUGCCAUCAACAUUCAUUAUUUACAGGGCAAAAAAUGAAACGCAUUGGUAAAAUUAAAUUAAUUAAGCACACAACUAGUUGAGCCCAUAAUGUUUCAUAAAGUACACAUAAAUACUCUCCAAUAGACAAAUCAAAAACAACAAAAAACCAACCCAAAAUAGUAGAAUUUGCAAUGUAAUUCAAAAGUUUUCAUACGACUUUUAAUUUUCACAUUUUGUCAUGACAAAUCAACAGACUUCUAUGUAUUUCACUGGGAAUUUAUGCAGUAGAACAUGCAGUGUAUAUUGAUGAGCAAAGAAAUAAAAGACAGUUUUUUUUACUAAUCAUAUAAGUAUGUUGUGUUUUUGUGUACAGUCUACUUCACUCUGUUACAGCUAAAUAAAAGUUGCAACCAACUUGAUCCUGAUGUUAUGUAAUGAGUUGCAACAUCGCUGUCAGAGACAGAGUAUGUAACCCUGACGUAGAGCUGCUACGUAUCACUCUGUGGCCAUUCUACCUCCCAAGGGAGUUUACCAACAUCUUUGUGUGUGUUGUUUAUGUACCGCCCAGUUCUAACGCAACAAGAGCGGCAAUUCAAAUCUCGGACUGCGUCCAUCACCAUCUUCAGAAUAAGCCGGAUGCUCCUAUGUUCAUCCUUGGAGAUUUUAACCACUGCAGUUUAAACAAGUUUCUGCCUGGCUUUUUCCAGUAUGUGAAGUGCAGUACAAGGAACUCUAACAUCCUAGAUAAAUGUUAUGGCAAUAUUAAAGAUGCAUACUCAGCUAGAGCUAGACCACCUCUUGGCAAUUCAGAUCAUAACGUGGUUCAUUUACUCCCUGCAUAUCGGUCUGUUUUUAAGUCAAAUAAGCCUGAGCUCCUCCAGGUGAAGGUGUGGUUGCAGGAAAAAAUGGAGGAGUUGAGUUGCUGCUUCCUUAAUACAAACUGGGAAAUAUUUUUCUUGGAUGUAAAUCUUAACUGUAUUACUGAGGCAGUCACGGCCUACAUCUCCUUUUGUGUGGACUCUAUUAUGCCCCAGAAGACAGUAAAGAGGUAUCAAAAUAACAAACGAUAUAUAACGAAAGAAAUAAGGGAGUGCAUUACCAGGAAAAAAUCUGCCUUUAAGGCAGGGAACAAGGCUGGUGUAAGAGCAGCACAAAAGGAUCUUAAUCAGCUGCUGAGAACAGCACGGCGGCAGCAUAAGAGGAGGGUGGAACGUGAACUGUCUGAUUCAAACACCAAAGGACUAUGGGACUCUAUCUUAUCUUAUCUUAUCUUAUCUUAUCUUAUCUUAUCUUAUCU